AUUUUAACAGUGGCUUUAAAUUAACUCGCUCUCUGUCUCUGUCUCUCUCUCCCUCUCUCCCCCCUCUUGUUUUCAGUAUUGGGAAACUGUUCUUUACGUUAUCGAUUCUAUUGUAGUGUGGAUUUAUGAUGGGAGAUCGUGAGAGUGAUGGAUACACAGUAGAUGAAGCACUUUCGAGUGUGGGGUUUGGAACGUUCCAGGGCCUGGCGCUGGUUUUCGCUGGAAUUGGUUGGUUUGCGGACGCCAUGGAAAUCACUCUGCUCUCCUUCAUAGGGCCAGCACUUGAAUCUGAAUGGUCCCUCUCUCCCACUGAGGAGAGUCUUCUCUCCACUGCUGUUUUUGGUGGAAUGAUUGUUGGGUCAUAUUUCUUGGGCUUCAUUGCUGAUGCUUAUGGAAGAAGGAUGGGAAUUCGAGGUGUAGCAAUGAUAACGUUUGCAGCCGGGCUUUUAAGUGCCUUUUCCCCGGAUUACAAAUCAUUAGUCGUCCUUCGUUUUAUCGUUGGAUUCGGGGCUGCGGGGGGGCAUGUCUAUUCAGCCUGGUUCUUGGAGUUCAUACCGACUUCUAAUAGAGGGGCUUGGAUACUCGUUAUGUCGUUUUCCUGGAUAAUUGGAGAACUUUUGGAGGCUUCUCUUGCAUGGAUUAUCAUGCCUAGAUGGGGUUGGAGGUGGCUACUUGCCUUAUCCUCUGUCCCAUCUUUGGCAGUGCUGUUCAUGUCUAGUUUUGCGCCAGAGACUCCAAGGUACUUAUUCAUAAAAGGUAGAACAAAUGAAGCAGUCAGAGUCUUGGAAAAAAUAGCUCUGAUCAACCGAAAAGAACUUCCCACCGGCAAUCUUGUCUCUGAUUAUCAAACAAGUCAGCCAGAGGACGAAACUCCUCUCCUUCUCUCAAGCAAGACAAGGGGAGUUGAGAAAUGGCUUGGAUCUCUCUCUCAACUCUUCUCAUCAGAUUUACUAUGCACCACUCUUCUUUCAUGGAUAUUGUUCUUUGCCUACACAUUUGCAUAUUACGGCAUCCAACUGAUGAUCUCCGCGUUGAGCAGCGAUCAAAGUGAUUGCCGCUCAUUAAGCAUCUUUCCCAAAAAUGCCGAGAAGGGUAGCCUCUAUGUUAAUGUUUUCAUCACUUGUUUAGCAGAACUUCCAGCUCUGCUUUUGGCUAUGCUUCUGGUGGAAAGGUUAGGCCGGAAGCGUUGUAUGGAAAUCCUGACGCUGCUAACAGUCGUUUUCAUCCUACCGCUGCUUUCACAUCAGAACGCAACCGUGACUACAGCUUUAUUAGUCAGCGGCCGCAUGUUCCUCUCUGCCGCGUUUACCACUUUGAGCCUCUAUGCAAAAGAGGUUUAUCCGACUUCUGUGAGGUCCAGCGGCUUCGGGCUAGCCUUGGUUUAUCCAACUUCUGUAAGAGCCAGUGGCUACGGACUUGCAACUGCUGUGGGGAGAAUCGGUGGUAUGAUAUGUCCUCUGGUGGCAGUAGGACUGGUGAGGGGUUGCCAUCAAACACUUGCAGUUGUUGUGUUUGGGAUCAUUAUACUUAUUUCUGGUAUCUGCGUUGUGUUUUUCCCAUUUGAGACGAAGGGGAGAGGACUAACGGACGUUGUUAGCAACUAA